CCACUGCAAUCACAACAGUAACCACCACAACAGCACCCCCAACUACAUCCACCACAACAGCAACGCCCACUUUAACCACAACCGCAGCCCCCACAACAGUACCCCCCACUACAACCAGCACAACAGCAGCACCCACAACAGCAGCACACACUACAGCCACCACAACAGCACCGCCCAAUAAAACUACAACAGCAGAGCAUACUACAACAACCACAAUGGUUGCCUCUACUACAACGGCCACUACAGCAGCCCCAACUACAGCAAACCCCACUACAACAGUAGCCCCCAUAACAGCACCCCAAACUACAGCCACCACAAUAGCAGCAGCCCCUUCAACAGCAGCUCCCACUACAACCACAACAGUAGAGCCUACUACAACAACUACAAUAACUACCCCUACUACAAUGAGUAAAGCAGCAUACCCCACUACAACCACAAUGGUUGCCUUUAUUACAACGACCACAAUAGCAGCCCCUACUACAACCACCACCACCACCACCACAACAACAACAACCACCACUACUCCAACCACAAUAAAUGUACCCAGCACUAUACGUCCAACCACCACAACAAAUGCAGUGCCUGCAACAGCCACAACAUCUGGAGCACUUACAACUGUCCCAACUUCAACCACCACAACAGCAGUCCCAACUACAACCACCACAACAGCAGCCCCCACUACAAACCCUACAACAGAAGCAAGUGCUUCUCCAACUAAAGCCACAACUAAGCCACAACUUGUCUUCAGGUUAACAAAUUGUGUUUUUGUGUCUGCAUUGGCCAAUAAAAACUCAACGGAAUAUAUUCAGUUUGCAAAUUACAUUAUCAUACAGCUUACCGGCAUUUUUAAAAAAAUGUACCCUGACACUACUGACAAAGUCAAGAUCAAUGGGUUCUGGCCUUCCUCCCCUUCAAGGCAAGACUCAAGCAUCAUUGUAGAUACAGAAAUUAUUUUUAAGAAUCAGUCUAGUCCAUCCAAUUCUGAUAUUGUGCGAACCUUCUUUACGGAUGUGAAGGAGAAUGGCUUUGGUUACCUAACCGUGGACUUGGGAAGCAUUAAAUCUGAUUAUGCAACAGUGGACUUACUGGCACCACUCAAAGUGGUUGUACAAUUCCUCAUCACCGAUGGUUUUGAAUAUGGACUGACAGAGACCACAUCCUCAGCAUACAAAAAACGAUAUGAUCAGAUAAAUGGUUGGAUUGAACCGGUCUUAAAGAAACAUUACACUAAAACUUCAAAAGAUCCGUCUAUCAGCUUUAGCAACUCUGACGGAUGGAUUCAGGCCAAACUUGAAUAUGAAUUUGACACAACCAAUAUUGUGCCCACAGAAAAUAUAACGAACGCCAUCCUUGCAAGCACAAGGCCUUUUAUCUACGUGAAAUACACACUUGAAGUCAAUGAUAAGCCAGCUAAAUUUGACGUGUUCCCAUAUAGCUUAAGAAUAAUCAACUAUGAGUUCACACCACAACUCUCUAACAGAUCUUCAGCACAGUUUAAAGACUUCAGUGAACGAGUUGCAAACGCAACACAAAUGCUCUUUACAAACAAGAACGGCUUCACAGAAGUUUAUGUACCAAAACUGAGGUAAGAAUAUUGUUAUAUAGGGUUGGGAAAAGUAGAAAGGGGCUACUCGCCUUAUUCUAUAUUUAUUUCAGUGCCUAUAUGUCUCUGUGAUUCUGCUUAAAGGAGAAGUAGCAUCAAAUGUAAUUUAUUUUUCUUACCUAUUAUCUACACAAUUUAUGAAUGAUGUUUGAUGAGUUAUAUUGCCCAGAUGUAUCAAAAUCAAUUUGGAAUUAUCUGAGCCUGAAGAGUCCAUCUGUAUUUGCAAGUGUCACAUAGUAGAUCUUCCCCCAUGUCACUUACCCUGGAUUAACUACCAUAAUUAGCAUGGCAAAUCUGCCACCGCAUUUAAAUUAGGGGUGGAACAUUUUUGAAUUUUGAAAAUCCAGGUUCUUAAAAUGAAUCAAGA